UAAAAGAAGAUUUUUUAUUAACUGUCACCGUCAUAAUCGGUUGACCUAAGAUAUAUCAUUUUUCUUGAUGUAUCUUGUUAAAAAAUCUAAAAGACUCUCAAGAAGAAGUGAAGAAAAGUCAAAGAAAACGUCAGCGAAGAAAAAAUUGAAAAUCUUAGAAACUCCCUAAAAGCUUUUCGUAAGCUUUCGACAAGAAAUCUCUACUCGAGAGCAGAGGAGAAUGUUUAAUAUCUUUAUUGCUACACUGCUGUCUUUAUAUGUCAUUGGAAUCGCUGUUUGUGACGAUGCAACCGAAACACCGGAGAAUGAUAAAGUUAGUUAUCAUGGAGCAGCACGACAAACAUUUGGUUCAGGAUCAUUGCGAAAGCCAGACGAUGAAACAUUUAACAAGAUUCAUGUUGACAAGCAAGAGAAGUUACGUGAAAGAAAUCAUCGCGAACGUCUUCACUUUGAUGAUGUAUCGUCGUCAUCUCAUGGUAUCGUAAUCAAACAGCCACCAUUGUCUCAUAUCUCGCAUAAACCACCUGGAUACAACACUCGAGUCGGUAAAACUCCAAUCACUCAUCACACAGGCAUUUAUGAUCCCGUUUUUCGACCAUCGGGAUACGGAACAAGACGCGAUGAUGUGUGGAUUAGACAGGGAAUAUCACCAAGUAGAGAUAAUGUCUUCAUUGAACAUGAUGACGUUGUCAUAGAUGAAGGAAUUUUAUUAAGUGGAAGUCAUCCAGGUGGUGUUGAAACAUCAGCAGAAUGCGAUGCAACUUGUGGACCAUUGGAGUUUUUCUGCUCGAAAAGUUGUUCUUGUAUUCACAUCGACUUACAUUGCGAUGGACAAAUUGAUUGUGGACCGGAGGCAGAAGAUGAAGAAGACUGUGAAAUCACUGAAGAAAUGAUCAAGAAGAUGAAAAGUGACUGUGAAGGUAACACGCUGUCUCGACACGUCAUGUGUCCCAAUACCUACAUUUGCAUCAAACAAGAUUGGUUGUGUGAUGGCGAUGAUGAUUGCAAUGACUUCACCGAUGAAACACAUUGUGGUGGCAAAACAAAUUGUUCCGAUGAUCAAUUCGAAUGUUUGAAUGGACUUUGUGUCCCCCAGGAAUGGAUUUGCGAUGGUGACAACGAUUGCAGAGAUAACUCUGAUGAGGGAAACUGUACAAGAACUUGCACAAAUGAUGAAUUUCAAUGUUUGGAUGAUGCAUGCAUUUCGUUAGCAUUUAAAUGCGAUGGUGAACCAGAUUGCGAUGAUGGAAGUGAUGAGAUGAGUUGUGAUUUUCCUUUACCAAACUGUCCCGAAGGUGAAUUUAAAUGUAAAGGAAUGUUGGGAGGUAUGGGUGGACCUGGUGGCCGUUGCAUUCUUCAACGUUUCCGAUGUGACGGUGAUAACGAUUGCGGUGAUUGGUCAGAUGAAGAAAAUUGUCCGAAAAAAUCAAUCAGUUGCACAUCAAAUGAGUUUAAGUGUGAUGACGGUCGUUGCAUACCAUUAAGAUGGAGAUGCGAUCAAGAACAAGAUUGCGAUUCUGGUGAAGAUGAAAAAGAUUGCAGUGACAUUGGAAACAACAAUCGUGAAUGUUCCGAUGAUGAAUAUUCAUGUAAAGACUCGCGAUGUAUACCAAAGAAUUGGGUUUGUGAUGGUCAACCUGAUUGCAAACGUGGUGAAGACGAAACUGAUUGUGAUAUUAAGUGCGACAUUGGACAAUUCUCUUGUCCAUCGAAGCUGAUUUCACCAAGAGAGCGUCGACAGAACUACUGUGUCAGUCAAAAGCAUAUAUGUGAUGGUCACAAGGAUUGCAUGCAAGGAGAAGAUGAAAUGAAUUGUUCGACUAUUCACACGUGUCCUUUAAACUCUCAAUGUCAACAACUCUGUUCGACGUCACACAAUGGCAAAGAAGAAUGUUCUUGCAAGGUUGGAUACACUCUUGGAGCUGAUGGCUUUACUUGUGAUGACAUCAAUGAAUGUGAGUUCACGAACAAUCCUUGCAGUCAAACAUGUAACAACACUGUUGGUGGAUUUAUUUGUGGUUGCAUCAGCGGUUACGUCUUAAGACCAGAUUUAAGGACAUGCAAAGCACUUGGCGGUGCUGUGAAGCUUAUCAUGGCUAACCGUGGUGAUAUUCGACAAGUGACUUUAAGCAACAAUCAAUACACGUCAAUCAUCAAGGGACUGCCCAAUGCCAUCGCUCUUGACUAUCACUAUGAAAGAGAUUUACUGUUCUGGUCUGAUGUGUCAGCUGAUGUCAUAAAACAAUCAUUUUUGAAUGGAACGAAUGUGAAAGAUGUCAUUAAAUGGGGCUUGGAGAGUCCGGGCGGUCUUGCUGUUGAUUGGAUCCACGAGUUGUUAUUCUGGACGGAUUCAGGUACAAGACGAGUUGAAGUUUCGACUUUUGAUGGGAAGUUACGUGCUGUGUUAGCUGCAAAUGAUCUUGAUAAGCCUCGUGCGAUUGUCAUUCAUCCAGGGAAAUACUUCGUGUUUUGGUCUGAUUGGGGUCCAAAUGCUAAAAUCGAAAGAGCUUACAUGGAUGGAAGUGAUCGAAUUGCUAUAACCAAUGAUGGAAUUUAUUGGCCGAAUGGAUUAGCUUUAGAUUUUGCGACUAAUCGAAUCUUUUGGGCAGAUGCCAAACAUCACGUAAUUGAGAAUUCUAAACUUGAUGGAACAGAUCGAAAGAAGAUUUUAAGUACAAAUUUACCUCAUCCGUUUGCAUUGACCAUCUUUGAAGACAACAUGUAUUGGACUGAUUGGCAUACGAAGACGAUUUCAUCUGCCAACAAAGUGACUGGAAAAAAUUUUCGACAUGUUCAUGAAGGUCUUCACUUUCCCAUGGACAUUCACAGCUAUCAUAAAGCUCGUCAACCGAAAUUCGAGAAUCGAUGUGCAGAAGACAAAAAGAAGUUGAAAGGUGGCUGCUCGCAUUUAUGUCUUCCAAAUAAAACGUCACGUCGAUGUGCUUGUCCUAUUGGUUUGACAUUACUUGAUGAUCAGAAAACAUGCACAUCAGUUCCAGAUAAACUUUUAUUGCUUGCACGAAAGAAAGACAUUCGAAUGAGACAACUUGAAUCAAAGAAUCCAAUGAAAGAGAUUGACAUGGUGAUUCCAUUAGAUAAUUUGAAGUCGACAAUUGCACUUGAUUGGUGCAGUGAAACUGAUCGAAUAUAUUGGAGCGAUGUUGGUAAAAGUACAAUUAAUCGAGCUUUCUUAAAUGGCAGUAAUCAAGAGACGGUGAUACAAGAUGGUUUAGGAUCGCCUGCUGGCUUGGCACUUGAUUGGAUUACAAAUAAAUUAUAUUGGACCGAUGCUGGGACGAAUCGAAUUGAAGUUGCAACAUUGGAUGGAAAUCAAAGAGCUUUACUUGUUUGGCAGAAUCUUUUUAAACCUCGUGACAUUGUCGUCAAUCCAUUGCAAGGUUUGAUGUUCUGGUCAGAUUGGUCGGACACACCUUUGAUUGAAAGAGCUGGAAUGGAUGGAUCGGAAAGAUCUUCAAUCGUGUCUGAGAAUCUUCUUUAUCCGAAUGGACUUGCAAUUGAUUUCUCCAACAAUCGAUUGUACUUCGUUGAUGCUGGAACGAAAGCUUUGGAAUUUGUGAACUUUGAUGGAACUGGAAGAAAUCGUUUAAUUGCUGACGGUCUUCAACAUCCAUUUGGCAUUGACGUGUAUGAGAAGAACAUUUACUGGUCGGAUUGGGAUUUGCAAAGCAUUUUAAUGGCUGACAAACACAGUGGAAAGAAUCGGAAAAGUGUCAUCACUGACACAAGUGACUUAAUGGACAUUCGAGUGUUCCAUCGGAAGCGGAAGAUGAUUCGUAAUCCAUGUUCAAUAAGAAAUGGCGGCUGUUCACAUAUCUGCUUAUUAAAUCAGAAGAAUUUCACGUGUCUAUGUCCGAUUGGCGUUAAACUCACAGAAGAUAAUCGAACGUGUAAAGAUCAACCAAGCAAGUACAUUAUCUUUGCCCAUCGAACUGAUAUUCGGCAAGUGUCGCUUGACAUUGAUUACAUGAUUGAUGUCGUUCUGCCAUUGCCACAAAUUUCAAAUGUUUAUGCAUUGGAUGUUGAUUUACAUACCGGCGACAUUUAUUGGGCGGAUAAUGUUGAAGAUUUAAUCAUGAGAAGUUCAUCUGAUGGUCAUAAUGUUGGACAGAUCCUUGGUGAAAGUAUGGACAGUGUUGAAGGUCUUGUCGUUUGUUCAGUUUCUCGAAAGAUUUACUUUUCCGAUGCUGGUCGACGAAGCAUUGAAGUUUCCGAACUUGAUGGAACAAACAGAAAAGUUUUAGUAUGGCAAGAUUUGGAAUCACCUCGAGCUAUUGCAAUCGAUUAUGAGUUUGGUUAUUUAUUCUUCUCUGAUUGGGGAGCAUUGCCAAGAAUCGAACGAGCUGACAUGGAUGGUGAGAAACGAUCGAGAAUUGUGACGAAUAAUCUUGGAUGGCCAAAUGGAUUUUCUGUUGAUAAAAUCAUGAAAAAUCUUUAUUGGACUGAUGCAAAGUUGCACAACAUUGAAUCAUGUGACUUUGAAGGAAAUUUCCGUAAAGUUGUGAUUGAGUUUCGUGAUCAAGAACAUCCAUAUGGAAUCGCAGUGACACCAACAAAGAUUUAUUGGACAGAUUGGAAGACAAAUGCACUUCAUUUAGCUGAGAAGAGUAAUUUAACAGCUCGUCAGAUUGUUGCGGGGAAUCUUGAAGGAUUAAUGGAUGUGAAAGUGAUUGACAGUUACGAACAAUUGGAGGACAAUGCAUGUAAGAAUAGCAACGGUGGAUGUUCACAUUUGUGUUUGAGAAAGCCGAGAGGUUACUCAUGUCAAUGUCCAACUGGCAUUAAAAUGAAAAGCAAUGGAAGAGAUUGCGAGGAUCUGCCAAGUUCUUAUUUGCUCAUUGCACUUCGCUCAGGAAUUGGAAGAAUUUCACUUGACACGCCGGAAAUGUUUGAUGUUGUGCUGCCAAUUGACGGAAUUCAUGGUGCUGUUGUCGUUGAUUAUCAUCACAGUAAGAAUCUUUUAUUCUAUGCUGAUGUGAAUGCUGAUGCCAUAAAGAGAGUCAACAUGAAGAAUUUUAAUGACAUUAAAACCAUCGUUUCAACUGGUUUAAACACUCCCAAUGGCAUUGCUGUCGAUUGGAUUGCUAACAACAUUUAUUGGUCUGAUUCAGCAUUGAAAAUGAUUGAAGUGUCGAGACUUGAUGGAAGUCAUCGGAAGACUUUGUUACGCGACAAUCUCGACGAUGUUCGUUCAAUGAUUCUGUACAAAAAUCUUCUUUUCUUCGCUGAUUGGGGACAUGCGGCAAGAAUUGAACGAAGCUUAUUAGACGGAUCUGAUCGCAAAGUGAUUGUCAAUUCAGAUCUUGGCUUUCCAACUGGUCUUGCAAUUGAUUUUGAUGCUAGGAAAUUAUAUUGGGCGGAUGCACUUCAUGAUCGUGUCGAGAUGGCUGACUUUGAUGGAAAGAAGAGAACGAGAAUUAUCAACAAUGCUGAACAUCCAUUUGGAUUUACAUUAACCAACAGUUAUUAUUAUUUCACUGAUUGGUUCAACAAAUCAGUGAUUCGAGUGUCUCGACAUAGCAAUGGAAAUCCCGAAGAUGUUCGUCACAAUCUUCGAGGUGCAUUAGAAAUUCGUUCAGUGUCAGCAGAUCGCCAACCGAAAUAUUUCAAUCCAUGUAAUGAAAGCAACGGUGGAUGCACACAUUUGUGUUUAUAUCUUGGAGGUGUGAAAUAUCUUUGUGAAUGUCCAAAUUAUUCCGAUGCAAAAUUAUGUAAACGAGAGAUUAAAGAGUCGUCAAUGAAACCACCAGAUAAUGAAGACACAACUUACUUACCAGUCACAACAGAAGGAACAAUUCCAAUUACUAAGCCGCAUGAUUCAUCUCUGAUGUUGGGAAUUGUGAUUGUUAUGACGCUUUUACUUCUUUUAGUUGUUUCUGCGAUUAUAUUUUUAGUUUGUCAUUCAAAAAGGAAAGAGAAGAACAAGGCACGCCUUACUUUUUCAAAUCCAAACUAUAAUGGAUCAGGUUAUAAUGAUGAUGCACACAAAAGUAAUUUUUUCAAGAAGUUCAAAUAUGAUAAAGCUCAGGAUCGUGUGUAUGAAGAAAAAGUUCUGAAUAGCGGACAAGACACAGAACUUUCAACAAUGACUAAUCCAAGUCCAAUGCCAUCACAUUCAGCAAUUCUCUCAACAAUUGGCUAAGCCAAUGAUCAAUGAAACUUUUGAAGAACCAUUUACAGGAUAACAUUCGAGAAGUUGAGAAGUCAGGUAAAGCUUUAGAUAAAUAAUGAAAGAAAGGAAUGAAAAUUAAGAAGAAAAAAAAACUCAACACGUGUAGGACUCGCUCUGAAGUCAAGUGAGAUAUUUUUUUAAAUAAAAAAGAAAAUUGUAGUCAUAGAGUGAGAAAGGUAAUUAAUUUAUUUAAAAGAUGUUUUUAAAACAACUGUUUCUUCGAAUUUUUAAGAAAAUUCUUAUUAAAGUCUUUGAAGGAUGUUCGAUGAGAUGUGAAGUGAAUGAAAUUCACUUGAGAUCUGAUCAAAGAUAUCUUCAUAUAGAAUUAUGAUUUCUCUUUGUAUAAAUAAAUAAAUAAAUAUAUAUACUUAUAUAUAAUGAAUGACAAAAACAUUUUGGAAAUCAGAUUAAGACGAAAGUGAAACAUGUGCCAAAAAUACUUAAAAAAAAUGAGACAAAGAAAAUUAGUGUAAAUAAUGAACUCUCAAUUGUAUAUUAGAGUCUUCUCAAUUACACUUCAGUCGACUGCUUUUUGUCGUAACUCAAAGAAAACAAAUGAAGAAAACUGUAAAAUUUAUUUUAUCCGAUGAAAAUCAGUCGCAAGCCAAGGCUCAAAAAAAAAUUGUAGAUGUAAACAGUUGAAUGAUACGAAAUAAAAUUUCGUGAUUAUUGAAUUUAUGACUGUCGUUCGAUGAAGCUGUAGACAGAUUUUAGAUGAAAAGAAUGAUGUUAAAGAAAAAAAACACUAAAAUUAAGAGUAAGACUGAAUAUUUUAUUGAAUUUACUGACUUUGUUGACAACGAUCCCUACUUGGGAUUCUUGUAGAGUUGCUGAUGACGAUUAAGUUUUAGCUCUUAAUUAGAUUAUUUAUUCCUGAGAA